GUGUUCAUGAAACCCAGUACACAGAACAGCAACUCUUAGACCAAUUGGAGGCUUGCGCCGAGAGCUUAGAGCUUUCGGAAAGGUACGAGCUUUUGGGUAGCUUAUAUCGUCUCAUACUGCCAAUUCAUGAACGUAGAAGGGACUACGAGGCUUUGGCCGCCUGCUACGGCCGAUUGAGAGAGGCCUGUCUACGCGUAGCCGAAGUCGCCAGGACGGGGAAAAGAUUACUAGGUCGAUACUAUAGAGUGGCUUUCUUUGGCAGAGCCUAUUUUGAGGAAGAAGAUGGUGUCGAAUAUGUUUAUAAGGAACCAAAACUUACUGGUUUAGGAGAAAUCACCGAAAGGCUGCACAAACUCUAUUCUGAUAAAUUCGGAGUCGAAGUCGUAAGGAUGGUCAACGAUUCUUCACAGGUGGAUGAAUCUUCAUUAGACUCUCGACUGGCCUACAUCCAGGUGACCCAUUUGACUCCUCAUUGGGAACCAGGACAAUUACCAGAACAUUAUAGCGAAUUUGAAGUUAACCAUGAUGUAAAAACCUUCAUGUACGAAGCUCCUUUCACCAGAGAUGGCAGGACGAGAGGAUCUCCCAUGGAUCAGUGGAAGAGGAGGACCAUACUCACAACACAAUAUGCCUUCCCCUACGUCCUCAAAAGGAUUCCUGUAACCGCAAAACGAUCAGUAGAAUUGUCGCCCAUAGAAGUCGCCUUGGACGAAAUGAGAUCAAGAGUUUCCGAGUUGGACGAAGCAGUUUCUGCCAGACCUUUGGAUGCUAAGAAAUUACAACUUAGGUUGCAAGGAAGUGUGUGUGUUCAAGUGAAUGCAGGACCUUUGGCUUAUGCAACUGUUUUCUUGGAUCCUGCCUUGUCCUUGCAAUAUCCGGAGGAUAAAGUUGAAGAACUUAAGGAUGUUUUUAGGGAGUUUGUUAGAAUUUGCAACGAAGCCCUACGAGUCAACGACAGAUUGAUCACCACCGACCAACAAGAGUACCAAAACGCUUUAAGGGACAAUUUCCAAAAACUUUGUGAACAAUUAUCACAAAUAUUUAAUGAAUCUUUGUGGCCCUUGCCAGAUGAAUGUGGACAAAGGGAUAGUUUGGCACUUUUCAGUGCAAUCAGUGGAGCUCAGUACAAUUCUAGUACUGCCUAAAUUCUAGUACUGCCUAAAUAAAGCUUCUGGAUUUUAUUUCAAAUAAUCAAGAACGAAUAACCGACUCGAAUCGCCCUCAACUAUUUAUUCUAGUUUUUAAAAAAACAUUUGCCAUGUAUAUAUACAUUUAAUAAUUUUGUUAUCAAUAUUAUUUUUUAAUUGUAUACAACUCAUUUUUCGUAGUUAUUAAAACGUUUGUUAUGUAUUUUAUAAUUAGUAAUAAUAAUUAUUUAAGUAUAAGUAUUAAU